UUGAAGUACAUGCGUCUUCAAUGCGUCUUCACGUGUCUUAAUGCGUCUUCAAUCUCCAGUCGCUUGUUUCCUUGUGAUCACUACGACGGGAGCAUUAGACGAUUGUAAGGAAACUCCCUGCCAAAACGCCGGAGAGUGUGUCCCCAGCUUCCGGUGUGCCUGUCUCAGUGGUUGGGGAGGGGAGUACUGUAACGUCAAACAAGAAUUGCGGCAUAAUUUUGAAGACACAUUGGGGUUUGAGAACACGGAUGAUAAUCUGAAGCGAAUAUCGGCAGGUCCUCAGACAAUACCCGAAAAAGGUUACGAGGGGACUUCUCACUACGGCAAAGUGGAAUCUGGAGCCUCUUUCGAACUUCUGACAAACAAAAUUGCCAAUUUUGAAAUAAAGUACUGCCUACAGUUCGGAUACUUUAUGCAAGGACAAUAUACAGAGCUAAUAGUCAUCCAGGAAAACACAUCUGAUGGUUCUGAAACAUUUUUGUGGUCCUCCGAAAGUCCAGACGUGUUUGGGACUUACGGUUGGAAAGAAUUCAAGUUGUCUUUUUUUGGAAAGCCUCAAUCCAACCUGGUUAUCAAGGGAAAAUCAUCAGAUGACAGCGGCCUUAUAGCUAUUGAUCAAAUCAAAGUACACACCGGAAACUGUAUGUAGCUUCAUACUUCCGGAAGACCAUCUACAUGUAUAACUCAGAAUAAACUGAAACAACAACUGUAUAUAUGUAUUAUGACCAUGGAACAGUUGUAUAAUGAUUCAUAAUGUUUUACCAUAAAAGAUA